AUGGAAUUACUUGAAGCCAUGUUUAACAAUAAGUAUGAAGCUAUAUACCAAAUAGUGAUCCCUGAUAAAAGUGAAAUUAAUCAGUCUUUAAGUGAAUCAUCAAGUAUUUGUAAUCAAAUUGCCGAAGAAAGUGUUUAUAUUAUCACCUCUGAUGCAAUCGUUAAUGCUUUAGACCCAAAGUUCUUUCAAAAAUUUGCCAUUGCUGCUCGUCUCCAGGCUAAAUUUUCUUAUCCUGAAUUAGAGUAUGAAAUUGAUGUAUAUCUUUGCAAUACAGGAACAAUGCUUAGUACUCAAUUGCCAUUAUUUAAAAAACGCAGUUUUGGAUAUUUCCUUGAUUCUGUUAAAGUUUGUGUUUCCCCUAUUCCAUGUACACCUAAUGUUAAGAAUAGUAUGUUUAUUUCGAUGGAUACUCCAUAUCCACAACAGUUCAAUAGAACUGUUGAAAUUUCAAAUGGUCGUGAAACAAACAUUGAAGGAAAAAUUGGUGGAGAUUUUGGAAAAGUACCUAAAAUCUCAGCAAAAGGCGGCGUGAAAAAUAUUUCAAAUACUAAAGUCACAUCAGAAGAGUGGAUAGUGAAUUAUAGUGGCUGUCAUACUACUAGGAAUUCUUGGUCACAUUGA